CCGCCAGCCAAUGGGAGCUGCGGGUUGUUGUGAUAGAUAAGGCUGAUAGAAGUGGCUUCCUGGCGCAGUUGAGCAGUACCAGUGGGACGGUGCGGCUCUGCUGCGGUGAUUGACUCUGCAUAGAGUUAUGACUUCUCCAGAAAUUUCCAAGAUCUCUUGGGGCAGCAUGAAGGUUGGUGGGCAAGUUUAUAAGGACUGCAAGGUCUGGCCUGGAGGCAGCCGAGCCUGGGACUGGAGAGAGACUGGAACCGAGCAUUACCCUGGUGUGCAACCGGCUGACCUAGAGGAAGUGGUGAAGAAAGGUGUGAAGACACUUGUAAUAGGACGGGGAAUGACCGAGACCUUACAGGUACCUGCUGCUACCCUGGAAUAUAUCAAAUCGCAAGGCGUUGAUCCCCUGGUCUUCCAAACAGAGAAGGCGGUGAAGGAGUAUAAUUCUUUGGUUUCACAAGGUGCCAGAGUUGGGGGAGUCUUUCAUUCAACCUGCUAAUCCCAAUAAGCUGGGAAUAGAGCAUGCUGGGUACAGAAAGGCCUUGUCUGUGCCAAUCACAGCUGACUUUACAUCUGUUGCUGAGACACUGCCUUGUUGUGAUAUUAAAAACAUAGCUUGAGUCUCAA